AUGAUUGACUUUGAAUUGUCGCAAGAACAGUUGGCAGUCAGAAAUGGCGUGCGAAGCUGGGCGAAGGCAAAUCUGACAGGCGCACGAUCGCUGUAUGAAGGUCAGGGCGACUCCACUGGCGAAUGGCAACACCGCUUCCGGUCGACUCGGCCAAUAUACGCCGAGGCAGUAAAAGCCGGUUUGGUCAAGGCUCAGAUUCCGAAAGAACUCGGUGGUGCCGGAGGACCAUUGAUAGAGGCCGCUCUGGUUGUUGAGGAGUUCUACGCGGUCGAAACGAGCACUUCUCUGACUAUUCUUGGCACGGGUCUUGGACUGACUCCUCUGAUCAUGGCUGGGAGUCCAGCACAACAUGAAAAAUUCUUCAAGCCUUUUUUGGACGGCACCGGCACGCCGCUGGCGAGCCUGGUCUUCUCUGAGCCUGGCGGAAGUGCCAACUUUGCUGAGGAGGGAGCACCCGGUUUCCAGACUGUUGCAAGGGCAGAGGGAGACGAAUAUGCCAUCAGCGGUGAUAAGAUCUGGGCAACCAACAGUUCAGGCUGGGAUGAUCGAGGGGCCGCUGUGCAGUGUGUGCUUGCCCGCGUUGUUGAUUCAGCUGCCGCCGAGGACGUCCGUGGGCAGACUGCCAUAAUCAUCGUAACAAGACAAGACAUCGCCGCGAAUGACCCAGGCGCUUAUCAGGUCCUAUAUCAUCCGGAGACUAUUGGGCAUACAGCCGUGAAUGGCCCUCAUAUUCGGUUCAAGGACUUGCGCGUGCCGAAGACAAACCUGCUGGCUCCUCCGGGCAAGGGCGCGGACGUAGUGGAAAUGACUUUCACAGCUUCAGCGUGUUUGGUCGGUGCCAUGGGCGUUGGCAUCAUGCGGCAGACUUUUGAGCGAGCUCUUGCAUGGGCCAAGACCGAGAACCGCGGUUCAAAAGAGACCAUGUUGAAGAAGCAGAGUGUGGCGGACCUGCUGAUCAAGAUCAAGACUCGAUGCGAAGCUGCUCGGGCACUCGUUUGGAAAGCGGCUCAUGCUUUUGGCCGCACACAGUAUGGAGCCGAACUAUGUUAUGAAGCUAAGAUCUUCGGGUCGGAGAGCGCGGUUGAGUCGGUUAUGGAUGCUAUCAACCUCAUAGGCGUGUCUGCGUACUCCCGCAAGCAACCGUUCGGCGACUUGCUCAACGACGCGGUGGUAUUGCCGAUCUUUGAUGGAGGAAAUGUGGGCGUUCGAAGGCGACAGAUCGAAGCAAUUUUUGCUAAAGAGGGCUACGAUCCAUGGGAGACAAGCUAUGGUGCGGACGAGCAAGGUGCGACUACGAGAUCGUAG